AUGGGAAAAGUAAUGAAAUCAACGGUCCCCUCUCUGAGCGAAAGCUUCAAUUACAAUCAAGUUAUUCCUGGAAGUUGGUCCCAGGAUAACCUUGAGAAGGCUUGCCAAGCUUGGUCUUUGAAACCGAAGGAAGUUGACCAACUAAAGUCGCUACGAGACAACCUUUCGGAUCUUCCCUACUGGAAAAAUGAACCGCACCAUGUUCUCUGGUUCAUGAAGGGCCCACUUGGAUUUUCUCCUUCGUCGGUGGAACAUCAUAUUCGAAAAAUGGUGAACUGGCGAAUUGAAAAUGACAUUGACAGUCUUCUCCAUCGAUACGAGCCCCAUCCAGUCAUGGUACAAAACACCGUUUCUGCAAUUCUGAACGACUGCGAUCGAGAUGGAGACCCAAUCUACUGUGAGCGUGGUGGCGCCAUGGACGCGACACGAGUGCUCAAGACAGUAGGAAAGGAAGAAAUGAUCAAACAUGCCAUUUGGAUCCGAGAACUGCACAUGCGAGGGCCAUGGGCGGAAGACUUUAAUCGAAAAAAUGGACAUCCACCCAAGGCCAUUACCAUUGUUUACGAUAUGGAGGGUUUGUCCGCACCCGUCAAGCGAAUGAUUAUUAUCCGAGCACCGGCACUCUUCCGAGUCGCGUGGUCUAUUGUCAAGCACAUUUUCCCUGCGUCAGCACGCAAGAAGAUGGUGUUUACCAAUUCAAACAACUAUUUGGACGUGUUGGACCAGUAUAUUGAUGUUGACCUGCUCCCGCCUUGCAUCAACCCGAAUGGUCAUGGACGAACGGCUCCAGGGAUGCCCCGAUUGAUUGGAGAAGAGCCGCUGGAGCUAGAGUCGGAUGCAACUGAAACCAUGACAGAUGAUUCCGAGGAUGGCAUCUCCCAUGAACAAUCACAGGGGAUCACAGGAAAACUCAUUGCCUAUGGGUACUAUUUGGUGGAACCAGAAGCUGGUAUAUUGGACGAGUGCCAGUAUCACGUGGGAUCUGUCAAGAGCGCUUUGUAA